CUAGAAACCGGAUAGUUCAUGACCGAGGCGCAUGCGAAUGUUCGCCGCAUGAACACCUAUCUAUAAAGUCCGGUAAUAAAGAACUUGGUCAUAAUAUAAACAAAGACCUCAUUAGUCUCGAUAGUUUAAGCGGGAUUGCAUGCAUUUGUACAAAAUUAUAUCUUCUGUGACAAAAUAAAUACUAUUCUUAAUAAAAUGUCUGAUACAAAAUCGGAACUUCGUAUAGUUACAUAUAUGUGUCCAACACAUCCAGUUCAACUGUAUGAAUUAAUACAGGAAUUACUGGAAGAGACCCUUGACUGUUAUACCACGCUGCAAUAUGAGUCCCGCAGCCCGGGACCAUUACCCGAUCGUCCGGAUCCCUUCAGCACGGACAAAGUGGAUUUAGCCUUCAUGACUGCAUCUGCAUACAUGAAACUACGUGAUAAGAAAAUUACCUGUGCGGAGUUACUGCCAAUAACUCCAGUAUUCGCUCAUCAAAUGAACGUAGAAAAUAAGCCUGGCUACUUCUCCGACAUAAUAAUACACAGCGAUAAAAAGGCCCACAACGUGAACACGUUACUAGACCUGCGUGGGUGUACUUUCGCGUACAGCGACAAUGAAUCUUGGAGUGCCAGUAAAAUUGUGCUGAAAACUUUAAAAGAAAAGGGCGAAAAUGCAUCGUUUUUUGGAUCAUUGUUAAGAUCUGGUUCCCAUUUAGCAUCUGCUCAAAUGGUAUUGUCUAAACAAGCAGAAUGGGCAGCCAUUGACUCAACAACUCUAUUAUAUUCAAAGAAAUUUUUGUAUGAUGGUGGAAAAGAUAUAAUCACAUUGGAAACCUUAGGUCCUCUUCCACCAUAUCCCAUUGUAGUAAACGCAAAGUUACCAGCUCAAAUUAAAGAAGAAAUAACUAAUGCACUUUUGGGAUUGGUCAAAGACACAGAGUGGAAAAGGAAAUUUGCUCCAUUUGGUGUGAUAAAAUUUGUAAGAAACAGUGAUGUCGCUUAUGAUGGGGCGAUUGCACAGAUGUGGGCCAGCCAAAGCGAGAAACUCAAUGUUAGGUAUUAUUAGAUUGCUUCUUAUCAUUUCAUUACUGUAUAUCAUCUAUAUUCUUUAUGUGGAUUAUACUCCUAAAUAAAGCACUGAUUAGUUCUAAGCUAUAAAAACAUGUGUUGUUAAUGUCUCCUAUUUUUAAUAGAAAACUGUUAAUAAAAGUUUUCAUAAAAACUGCAAA